AUGGGUGAAGCUGAAGACGGUCACAGUGACCGUAAUCGGCGCACAUACUCCCGAUCGCCGGAACCCAGCUCCGAGCGACCGCGACGAGACGAUCGAGACCGAGAGCACAGGAGCUCGCGACGCCGAGACGACGAUCGCGAGAGCUCUCGCAAAGACAGUCCUCGUCGAAAAUCAUCCCGAAACAGAUCAGGUGAAAGGAGGACACGCGAUGACAGAGAUUCUCGCCACCGAGACCGUCAUCGAGACCGAAGAGAACGAUCCACGAGCUCUGCAGAUGAGCGUCGCCGGAGACACCGCAGUCACCGCAGCCACCGACACCGUGAUGACCGAGAUCGAGACGGAGAACGGUCAUCCAGAAGAAAUCGCAGUCCACGCCCUCGUACCCGCUCCCCACGCCGAUCACCAAGUCCUCAACGUGCAUUACAACGGAGCGGCCCUCUACCUUCACAGUCUGACGCCUUCACUGCCAACGAGGUAGUACAAUCAGGCGAAGCUCCUCCACCAGAAAAGCAAAAACCCAAUUUCAAUAGAUCCGGUCGUCUUGCGGCUGAAAGCAACACAGUGCAAGUACAGGGUGGCGAGGGCAUAGUGCUGAAAUACCACGAACCCCCAGAGGCACGGAAACCGCCGCCAAAGGAGGCUUGGCGACUUUAUGUCUUCAAAGGGGAGGAUCUUCUGGAGAUGGUUGAAUUAAACGAACGGAGCUGCUGGUUGAUUGGUCGCGAAAGGGCUGUGGUGGAUUUCCCGCUCGAUCAUCCUAGUUGCUCGAAACAGCAUGCCGUGCUCCAAUUUCGACAUGUUGAGAAGCGAAAUGAAUAUGGAGAUCGUAUCGGUAAGGUGAAGCCAUACCUCAUUGACCUGGAGAGUUCAAACGGAUCUACUGUGAACAAGGAGUCCAUUCCGGCAGGCCGCUAUGUGGAAGUAAUGGACAAAGAUGUGAUGAGAUUCGGGACAAGCACUCGAGAAUAUGUGCUGAUGUUGCCGAGUUGA